CGCGACAAGCGCUACAUGACAACAUGGCGCAGAGUUAUGUUAAAAUUCGGAAAGGGGCAAAUCCUGCUCAAAAUGCAACGGGAACUAACCCAAUGUCAAUCGAGGGCCGCAUGGCCAUCGAAAAUGAGCGAAUGGCCGGGAUGACGACGAUGGAACGAGCAUGGAGAAAGCAGUGGCUGAAGGAUCAAGAACUGUCUCCAAGGGAACCUGUUUUUGAAGCCGAACUUCAGAUGAAAAGAAACUUGCUAAAUCCUUUGAGAAAACUAUACGGCGCCCCACUAGAUUGGUUCUUCUUGAAGCUUGUUCCAACAUUGGGUUACAACAAAGCAGCAGCUUUAAGAUUCUGGACACCUAAAGCCCUCCUUGGUAUUGGGCUUGUGUACUUCACCGCCUACCAUCUAAAAUACAAUUCUAGGGAUUGGAGCAGCAGGAAUGGAUGGUACAUAUACACAACCAAGGCAGCUGUAUUCCCAGGCAUGAAACGAGAAGAGAUGGAGCCGCGCGAGCCAUCCGAUUACUGUGACAGAGGAUUCAAGGCGAGGACGGAACUCCGUGAUCUUAGCAAAGUCUGAGUGAUGGUCAAGCUUACCAGACGACAUGCACACGUUAAAAAUUACCUAAACGCUAAACGGCACGUCAUGUGUACAAUGCAUUUAGUCGACUAGUGAAAACCAGAAUGGAAUGCAUUGUUUAGCGAUAAGUUCAGAAAUGUUAGAAAGUUUGUAUGCGAUAAUGGAAAAGAUGGCUGCUGUGAGUAUUUCUGUAUUGGUUGUCCCAGUUCAGCUAACUAGUCGAUAUGCAUUUUAUAGUUUGCAUACAGUCAUGUAAGUUCUCUCCGGUUUCAUCUAAUACCUUAAACAUAAAGAAGCUGCUUUUUAAAUGCUUGUGAUGAAACAGUAAAACCAUGCUUCUGUAAGAAUUUCCUGUUGAGUGUAAAGGGAAAAAAUAAAAUAUAUUGUUGUAUUUGUUACUCAA